CUUUUAAAUCCUGGACUCCUUUCGCCUCCCCUUGUUCUUGCUAGCCUCCUGGACACUUUGCGGUCUUUGUGCUCCGGGUCAGACUGGAGUGUCAUCUUUGCGCACUGACACUUGUUGGACUAUUUUAACAACACACUGAGAAUACACCGCUGGUGUUGUGAUAGACCGAAUGGAUAACCACUGGGUCUGAGAGCAACAGCAGACUUGGGGAGUUUGCGCUUUUAUCUGUGUAUCAAUGACCGACUCCUUAAAACCACCGUUAGGGAGAAGAAUGAAGGCUCGUGCCCCACCACCACCGCAGGCCCCCCAGCCUGCCCCACGCCAUAUCUUCAGAAACACUGUUCCAGAUGGAGGAGGGACCUCUGGCAUGGAGGCCAAGGAGAACAUGCUGAUGCAGAGGGUAGAUCUACACCUAACGCUACCGCAGGGCUUCCAGACAAAAGUAACUGAGGACGGCAGUAAGGCGCUGAUGGACCUACUGGUUGAGCUGUGCAGCCGCUACCACUUGAAUCCAGCAUUACACACCCUGGAGUUGCUCACACCUGAGGGCCACCCUUUGGGGUUCAAGCCCAACGUGCUGCUGGGCUCCCUCAACGUGGCCUGCAUCCUCAUCAAGGAGAAAGUGUUGGAGGAGAAACUGGUGCGCAGACCUGCACCCAAAGUGCCAGAGAAAUCAGUGCGUUUGAUGGUGAACUAUCACAGCAGCCAGAAGGCAGUGGUUCGGGUCAACCCAUUGCUCCCACUUCAGGCUCUGGUACCGGUCAUCUGUGACAAGUGUGAAUUGGACCCUGUUCAUGUCCUGCUCCUGAAGGACAGCAUCAGUCGCCACGAGUUACCGCUGGAUAAAUCUCUGACUCAGCUGGGAAUCAAGGAGCUCUAUGUGCAUGAUCAGAGUCUAGUUCUCCAGCCUAAAAUGGCUUCUGCUCCUGUUCUUAACUAUUCAGACUCCAUCCGCUCUAGUACUACUAGUUUGGGCAGAGCUGAGAAGAAAGGCCUCCUGGGUAUCUUCCAGUUCAGUAGGAGAAAAUCCAAGACUGAAACAACAUCUAUGGACAUGACUGACUCUGAUGGUAAAGUGUUCCAAAAUACAGACAAACACUCUAAUGCCCUGUCAACGGCGUCCGGGGUCCCAAGUGUAGAAGAGCGACCCAACACUCUGGGCCAGUCACAGUCAGCCAUGAACAUCUCCAGAAUGUCUCCCAAAGCAGAAACUAAGAAGAGGAGGGCCCCGGCACCACCAGCAGCCCUGACAUCCACCAUGGGAAAUGCCGGCUUUGAGAGCUAUCAGAUGGGCCUCGGUUCAGAAAGCCAACAGAGAAAAAGGAAAGCUCCAGCUCCUCCUCCUACUCCAGCCUCCACCACCCCUGGCCCAGACGACACUUCAACCUCUGCUGCUCCCACCCCGGAUAGCCACUUUAUCGAAACACCGACCCCAGUCUCCCGUACCAAGGUGGCACAGCCGGCCACAGUCUCCGGUACUACUGUAGUAACGCAAACUGUCAAACCAGCUCCCCUGAAAACAACAGUGCAACCUACAGUCGUGUACUCUGACAGCCCCACCCCCAGCUCGCCGACCCCUAGUAGUUCCACCUCUGACAGCCUCGCCGUCCAAGAUUCCAGCUCUGAACUCAGCCACAGCCUCGACGACUCCGAAGGUGACCCCGACGGCGCUGGUUCACACUGUAGCACCCUUACCAGCAGCACAGCGAGCGGGUCUGUGCAGGCCCAGCCCAUUACAAAGAGCUCAGCUUCAAGCAGCAAGAGGGAGAAAUCAGAAAGAACCAGCAACAUGGCUGCCAACGAGGUUAUUUCAACCAGCAGCGACAGGUCUGACACUGAGUCAGCCCUCAACCUGAAAAUUGAUGAGGUUGAAAACAACAGACACAGUGCAAUGGGAACCAGCGAGCGACCAGUUCCACCCAAACCUCGUCGUUCCCCAGCUCAGGAGCUACCGCAGCAUGUCAUACCCCCUUCCUCACCCACUCCUACCCCAUCCCCCCCUCCCUCUGAGUAUGCAGAAAGUGACUCCCUACAGAAGCCCAGGGGGGUAGCGGAGGCAGCUCCCAAGUCUUGGCUUCAUUCUUCACAAAGUUGUGCAGCCAGAAGCCAAAAUAUGGAGACAGAAACAGCUGAGGAGGAGACUGUGUCUUUAGACAGCAGCGGAGGCAGCAGCUUACCUGAUCAGGGUUAUGCAGCCUCUGAGGGCAUGGCUGAGGGGGAGGACUCAGGCCUGGUCAGCUCCCCCUCUGACACCCAAACCACAUCCCCAGAUGGGAGUCUAUCUCUGGACGGAAGUAGCGGAGGAGGUGGAGAGAGACUCUCAGGACCAGCACCUGACAAUUCCAGCGACAGUGAUGAGGGAUGUGCCACCUGGGACUCAAGACACAGGCACAAUGGCGUCACCACCAAGACAAAAUCAGACAAGAUAAAGACAAGCUAUGAAGACAAGGAACUCUCAGCCGAGCUCCACAAGACUCUGGCAGAUUUGGAGGCAGAUCUUGCAGUCCACAUAGAUAUUGUCUCAGCUAAGCACACUCCUUAUUCCUUGUCCACAGACAGUAAUGAGGUGCCGGUGUCUGUAGUGGACUUGGAUGUGCCAGUCACAGCCAUAGAUGAAGUACUAGAGGAAGAUACACUGUGGACGAAGCAGAAUGAGACUGAGUCAUACAGCAGCCAAGGUCCAGGACUUUAUCGCCAGAUCAGUGCAGAGCUGCAGAACAAAAACAACAAUGCCUGUACAGCUGCUGCCAGUAAUAAAAGCAACACAGAUAAUAAGAAGCAGAGGAAGUCAGUGGAGGAAACAUCUAUAAGUGAUAAAACAAAAGACAAGAAUAUUACCGAUACCACUGUAAAAGAUGUGAAAAAGGCCACAGCGUCAGAAGCAAAGUCUGAUGACGUUACGCAGAUGAAUAUCAAGAACACUCAGACCAAACCUGACUCUGAGAAAAGACGCACUCAACACGCACAAGAGAAGAAAUCUGCUGUUCCGCCAUCCAGUCAAAGAGACGGAAUGACGCAGAGAGUUCACCCAAAUAUCACCGGCUCCACUACUUUACACGGCAAAAUAACUGAAAAUGUCACGUCACGCUUCGGCAUGAAAACCUUCACUGUGGUCCCUCCCAAGCCUUCCGUCAUGCAUGUUGCUAUGGGAGAGCCAGCUGUCACAGUAACCCCUGGUGCCAUUAAAAUUGACGAGCAAGGAAACAUGGUUAAAAUGGGUAUAUCCCGUAAUAAACUCGGUGGUGCAUCAGAGUCAGGGAGUCAUUGCAGCGAGGGCUCUCCUCUCCUCGGAAAGGCCAAAGCUUUUUGGAGCUCAAAUGUAAGACCAGAAAGUGUUGCACCCCAGAGUAAAGGUCUGAGUAAUAAGGGUAAAGAGAGCACAGAUGGCCUGAAUACUUGCACUACAACUGUAGAAACUACACAGAAAACCACUAACACGGAGAGCAUGAAGACAUCCCAGGGUACACUUAAUAAACCUGCAGAGGCAAAGGAGCCUCAAGAGCUGGUUAAAGACAGUUUUAAGGAACCAGUGAAAAAUGCUGAAGUCGAAAACAAGCAUCGGACAGAGGCAGAGAGCAAGAUUUCAGUGUCUGUAAACAUUCAGCAGCCAAGUCAUAAACCUACCGUCCCCCCUCCUCUUACAGACCUGAAAAGAGACCUGUCCUUCCUCAAGCCGUCCAGGCGAACUUCAAGCCAAUAUGUUGCGUCUGCCAUCACGAAACACACCCCAAAGACCUCAGCUAAACCCAUCUCCAGUCCUAACAACCCUGAGUCUUCCUCCCUCGUAAAAACACAGAAUAUUGGCUUGCCGAGAUCCGGUCGCUCCAUACAAAUCAAUCCAAACCAAUCUUUCCGGUCAACUUUGACAAAUAAUGAGAAUAAUUCAGCUUUUAAAUCCAAUCAUUCUGGUCCUAAGAGAUCUAUGACCUACCCUCAAUCCAUAUCAGGUUACCAGAAAGAUUGUGGAGAAGCAACACAAGAGAAGGGAGAUUUGAGAAAUUGUGCUGGAUCCACCAAAGGAAGCUCUAAAAUGCUUGAAACAGAAACAGCCAAUAAUCACGAACAGUCUAACGGAACCCCCAAAAUAAAUGUGACCGCCAAGAUGGACAGAAACAAUACUAAACAGAUUCAGCCCAGAAGCCUGAGCCCUGCACCAAACAGUCCUGUACGCUCAUCUGCCAAACCACUGACAGCCGUCAAGACCAUUCACCAAGAUCAGCCAAUUAGCUCCUCAGACACGACCCAGGCAGCAGCAACCCAUCAAAUAUCUGAUGGAAAACCAGAACCUUCUGUCACCGUGUCAGACUGUGGUGUGACCCCUGGGCCUCCACCCGUAACCUUGUUUGGGCCGGUGAAGAAGUUCAGACCAGUGAUCUGUAGAUCAGUGGAGAGAGAGACAUCUCUGCAUAGCAGCCUGAUGGAGGCCAUCCAGACAGGCGGAGGCAGGGAACGGCUCAAGAAGAUAUCCACUUCUGGUUCCAGCAACACGAAGAAACCAUCCUACAUAGAGGAGGAGAAUGAGAGGUCGGCUCUUAUGGCUGCCAUUAGAGCCCAGGGCAAUUCUGGAAGGCUACGAAAGACAAAAUCAGAAGCUGCUGAUGAGCUGGAGAGCUUCAGGAAGACUGUCCUUGAGGAGAGUAGGAGUCCACGCACUGCCACUGCCUCCUCCUUGACCUCCACUUCUCCUCCUGCCUGUACCCCACCUCCACCACCACCAGCACCCAUGGUUGCACCCCCACCUCCUCCUCCUCCUGCCUUGCCUCAGGGUAAGCCUAAUUCCGUGUCACAUCCAAGUGCAAACCCGCCCAUGAACCCUGCCAUGGCGAGGGAGGCGAUGCUGGAGGCCAUCCGCUCUGGAUCUGCUGCUGAGAGGCUAAAAAAGGUCGCUGUGCCCGCAAAGACAGUCCAAGUGAACGGCAGACUGGGAACAAUCCAAGCAGCCUCCUCUACCCUUUCUCAGUAAUAAGAAGGAACCUCACUGGGAAUAUUUGAUCAAAUCAGAGUUUGGGGGAUUUUUUUUUUCCCCCAGCACGUUUUUGCUGUAGACAUUUGGAGAAAUGUGGAGAGUCUCAUUUUGAGUGAAUGGUAUUUGGAAAUUUGGGAGAAUGCAUUGUGAUAUGUUAUUCAAACAACAAAAUAAUGAGAACAAAGAUCUAAUGAAUAUGAAUAUAUCCAUUUGAGGCCUUAUGCUUUAAGCCAUGCAAGGCUGAAAGCAGGGAAGCUUAUUUUUACUUGUAUUCCCUGCUGAAAGUGUUUUUUUAUAUAAAAGCUGAAUUAUUUAAACAUUUCUUCUCUUAAGAGGGAAUGUUGUUUUCUUCGAUAGUAGCCAAACAUCCAGAAAGUCAUCUUCGUAACAUAUUACUGUUUUUCUUGCCAUCUGUACUUGAAUUCAGUAAUAUUAACUGGAACAUUGUAAAAAAAAAAAAAGUGCCAAUGAAAGGAUAAUGUUAUAAAUGUAAAUGGUUAACUGGACUUCAGGUUUUUUCAGUUGGAUCUUUUUUAUUUGCUUUUAGCACAGUUAAGUUAUGGAUGCCUUAUACUGUUGCACAGUCAGUGUUAUGUAUAUGAUUGCUGUAAAAAAAACAAAUCUAUAUGGGGUGCAAUAACUUGGAUUGAUGAUGUUUCCAGAUUUAAACAACUUUAUAUUUGUUUCAGAAUGAGUAAGAUAUAUGUAAGCAGUUUAUUGAUCCGUAAUGCCAACCUCUGCAGUUCUUGGCUUUGAGGAGGAAGGAAAAGGUGAUCGACUGUGCCUGUUCACCCAUUAUGAUCCUGUUAUGGCUUUUAACCUGCAUUUGUGCUGCCUUUGUUAAAAAAAAAAAAGAAAAAAAGAAAUAUAGAAAAACAGUAAUAUAAGGCCAGGACUCUGCAAAAGUAUAUGUACUAAAACAUGCUUUCAUUGUUUCUCAGAUGCCUUUGAAGUAUCAUAUAUUACAGAGAAAAUAUUAUAAUGAAUCUGUCUUUUCUUUGACAUUGAAAUAUUUUUUGAGACAUUGUUGGUGAUGGAUAGAAGUGGCAGUUGCUACCACAAGCAAAGAGAUUAUUUCUUGAUCAACAAGUCAUUUCUAAUACAUACUGGCUUUGUAAUACAAACCUGUGGUUUUAGGGAUGUUGUAGGAAAGCACUACUUCAGUGUUUCUAUGAAGAUGCUUUCGACUAGUUUUGUAUUUCGCUCUGCUGUUCUGUUUGUACAGAUUCCUGCAAGGAGUAGCACUGAUUGUUAGAGUUAGAACACCGCGCUGCCAUUAAAAGGUAUUUAUGUGCAAAAUCAUUUAGAAUAAAACUGAUAACAACAGACAACAUCUGUAUUCAGAUGUAAAUGCUUGCUACUGUGUAAUGUGAUAUAAAUCUGAGUAAAGAGAGAUCAGUUCCUAGUCUUAAAUAGAUAAUAGAUAUAUUUUAAUAUAUACUUAGUUCCUGCUUUCAGAGCACAUUUUUACUUUUAUUUGUCUUACCUUGAGACUAAAAACUCAAAGAGAUUUUUGUUUCUCUACCUAGAAUGGGUCAUUUAAUUUCAGCAAGAUGGUUUCAUUUACACACAAUAAAUAGUCUGCAGCACAUUGUAGCAUUGUAUAUACUGUAAACUACAGAAGGAUUAUCCCUGAGUCGAUUUGAAUCAGACUUUGAUAGAGCUGCUCCACUGUUAGUGAUGACGUUUUAUAAGCUUUUCCAGUUUUAAGUGCACAUUGUUUUAUUGGAAGUUAUUUUUGUCUACCUAAUUUUUGAUUCAAUAAAUAAUUUUAUAAUCAAGC